UGAACACGAGAUUCCUCCCGCCCUACCGGCAUUCUCGUUGCAUCAGCUGUCAGCGGCAUUCAGACCGCCAAUUCAAACCGGAUUACCACUGGAAAUUCACAAACUCAAGGAUAUAUAUAUAUACGGAGCGAGAUUGGAAACGAUGUAUGUGUCGGAGGACGCCGCUUUGCCUGCGUUUUUUGAAAUACUAGAAACCGGAGCGCCGGUGGGACAUCCUUCCACCUCAUCACUAUGAGCUCUGAACGCCGCUGUGGCGAGUGAAUUCACCGCGCGAUCGGUUUUGAACCUUAUCCCAGAACAUAUCACACGGACUGCUGAAAGAAUUAAACAAUAAGUAACUUCGGAAGCUUUCUCAAUGCGCAUCUGUCACGCAUCUUGACUGGAAAACAGGCGCCGCUCCCCACGCGCUCGCCUCGCGCGCAGACGGACUUUAACGGUACUUUAUAUCGCCGGAGUUUAGUGGCAUGCAUCAGCGCGGAUCGCUGGUCUCUCCGCUGCUCAGUGGUGUUUUCUGCCAGUGCCGCUCGGAGGAGUAUCAGGGCUCGGACCCCGGUGGGGGACGCGGUGGUGGUGGCCGGACUCUGGGCUCCGCGACGUCUCUGUCUGAUCACCGCCAUGAUGACUCCUGCGACUCCCCGCAUCACUGCCCGGUGUGCGGCGGACCCGAGCAGGAGCAUCGGCUGAAGCUGCUCUUCCAGAUCCUGGAUGUCAACGGGGAUGGAGGCAUCUGUGUCAACGACCUGACCAUCGGAUUGAAAAAGCUGGGGGUCCAUCGCACCGAACAUGAACUCAAGAAAAUCGUCAAGGCUGGAGACAAAGACUUGGACGGUCAGCUGGACUUUGAAGAGUUUGUGCACUACCUGAGGGACCAUGAGAAGAAACUGAGGCUGGUCUUCAAGAGUCUUGAUAAAAAGAACGAUGGUCGCAUAGAUUCGCAGGAGAUCAUGCAGUCACUAAGAGACCUCGGGGUUCACAUAUCUGAGGAGCAGGCUGAAAAGAUCCUCAAGAGAAUAAGGAGGGGUCAUAUAUGUGCCCCUAUAAUGUAUAUGGAUAAAAACGGUACGAUGACGAUUGAUUGGAAUGAAUGGAGAGAUUACCAUCUGCUUCAUCCCGCCGACAACAUUCCCGAAAUCAUUCUCUACUGGAAGCACUCUACGAUAUUUGACGUAGGGGAAAGCAUGUUGGUCCCUGAUGAGUUCACAGCAGAGGAGAAGAAAACAGGAAUGUGGUGGCGACAUCUUGUAGCAGGAGGUGGAGCUGGCGCUGUGUCCCGUACCUGUACAGCACCCCUGGACCGCCUUAAGGUUCUCAUGCAGGUUCACGCGUCACGCAGCAACACCAUGGGCAUCGCUGGAGGAUUCGUCCAAAUGAUCCGCGAAGGUGGACUCCGCUCGCUGUGGAGAGGGAACGGUAUCAAUGUUUUGAAGAUCGCACCUGAGUCCGCUAUCAAGUUCAUGGCCUAUGAGCAGAUUAAGCGGCUGAUUGGCAGCAAUCAGGAGACGCUGGGGAUCCUGGAGAGGCUGGUUGCUGGGUCUCUAGCAGGAGCUUUUGCUCAGAGCAGCAUCUACCCCAUGGAGGUCUUAAAAACUCGCCUUGCCCUGGGAAGGACGGGUCAGUACUCUGGUAUCAUGGACUGCGCUAAAUAUAUAUUUAAGAAGGAGGGACUGACAGCCUUCUACAAAGGUUAUAUUCCCAAUAUGUUGGGAAUCAUUCCGUAUGCCGGAAUAGACCUGGCUGUUUAUGAGACAUUAAAAAACUCGUGGCUGCAGAGGUUUGCUACGGACAGUGCUGAUCCAGGUGUCUUUGUGCUGCUAGCCUGUGGUACGAUGUCUAGUACCUGUGGACAGUUAGCAAGCUACCCGUUAGCCUUAGUGAGGACACGAAUGCAGGCUCAAGCAGCUACUCAGGAAGGCAGCCCACAGAUGACCAUGACUGGUCUCUUCAGACACAUUGUACGAACAGAGGGCGCUAUUGGACUCUAUAGAGGCUUGGCACCCAACUUUAUGAAGGUCAUUCCUGCUGUUAGCAUCAGUUAUGUGGUGUAUGAGAACCUAAAGAUCACCCUUGGCGUCCAGUCCCGGUGAGGGGGAACCCAAAGACUGUUAAAAUCCUUAAUGGCUUUUGUUUUUCCUCUCAACUUUUCUUUUGAACUACUGAAAGAGAUCGCCCAGGAUGGCCAGGUUGCACUCGGAGAGAAGCGUAUCAACAGUCGGCAAAGAGAGAGCUUGCAUGAAGGGGGAAGACGAAAGGUUUAACUUUAUUCGAUGAAGGGAAGCGUAACUGGAAUAUAUGAGCCCAGGGACAUGCGUAGAAAUACCUCUCUGCAUUAAAUAUACAAUCCUAGCUUUAAGUAAACCGCGAUCGUCUCGUCUGUAUUGGAUCCAGACACUCCGGAGGUCGCAGGGUUGCGUUCGCUAUAUUUCAGUAGGGACCAAUUACAUGCAAGACGUUUCGGAAAAACUACUUUAUGGAAAGGAAGGGCCAAACACCUGACGGCUAGAUUUACUAAAGCUUUUGGUAUAAGCAAAUUUCCUUUAAGAAAAUAGCACUGCAUCCAUUAAUUAACUCGUUUAAACUGCACAGCUGGAAUUGAAUGGCUAAAGGCUUUAGUAGAUGUUAUGCUAAUAAUCUUGGUGUAGUCCCUUCAGAUCGCUGAUUCGUCAAUCCACUGGAUGGCAGUGUUCGUUAAAAAAAAAAGAAAGAAAUAGAAACAGGGCCAGGCAUAAAUUUGUUACAAGAUCACCCACAUACUUGCUUUUCACUGGCAUCAUUUCCUGCUUGUAUUAUUCUAGGAUACACUCCUUUGUAUUAUUACGUUAAUCGACAUGCCAGUUUUCGCUUCUUUAAAGGGAUAGUGUGUAACAAGGGAAAUAUACGUCUUAUUCAUCAAAUUGUCCCAAUAUUGUUGAGGACUUUUCAAUGUUAAUUUAUUAUAAUUUUUUUAUGUUGUAUAUUUAUUUCAUUUCAAUUUGAAGGUUACUAUAACAAGAAGACUUUAUUAAAUUAAAAACUAUAUGUGCACACACUCCCAGUGGUGACCGGCAGCUAAUCGCUUUUAAGACUUUGGCUCAGUUUUAAAUGUAAUUGGUUGAGUUCUGUGUCUAGAUGGACACUGCCAGGUCUUAGGUUGAAGAAAACAAUGCUACACAUUGAUUCGUUUUUACAUUCAAACAGUUAUAGUUCAUAAAUUGGUAAUAUACGCGCAGUGUAAAUACAGUUUCUCACCAGUAUUAGUUUGCAAGGAUUUCAAGCAUAACUAUAACACUCAUUUAAACUCACUCUAGUCGAUAUUUAAGCACUUUAUUUUAAUAAAAAUAAACCAGACUUGAAUUUUUAGGAGGAUUUACAAUGGGAUGCUAGCGUUCGGUAAUUGUAGUGGUCGUGAUUUAAGCAAAUAUUAUUUUUCUGCAUUUAUGAUUAAUGUUUGUGGCAGGUCGGGGGCAUGAGGUUUUUGUAAAGGAAACACUAAAAAGGUACAAUAUAGCUUCAAAAAUGAUUUGACUCUACUUUGCAGCAGUAGGCAAGUAUCCUGUAUAUUUGCAUACGACAUAUUUCUGGAUCGGCAUCCCGAUGUGCAUUUUGACGGACAAGGAAUAAAUAAACUGCCCUUACAGCUAUUGCAUGUGAAGUGAAAACCCACCAGUUCAAUGGGUUGCUGCCCUUUGUAAUUCUACGAGACCAUAGUGCUAAUAGAGUUGCCUUAUUUAUGAAUAUAAAAAGCUGCUUUUAGACUAUUUGGGGGAAGUGAGACUGAAAUAUUUUUCUAGUGUUUUGAUUCUCAGGGAGGUCUCGGAUACUCCUGUGCAGACGAGACCUCUGAGACUUUUCUCCGUUGAGAUCUGGAACGGAUAUCUGCAUUUUUGUAACUUGUAUGGAGAGUCUGUGCAGGCCCGGGAUCAGUUGGCCUUUCUCAAGCCUCCUAAAAGUGACUUGGAUCAGUGAAAACGGCAAAUACCCUUCUGUGUCCCGAUGGUGGUUCAACUAAACUCAGCUGUGACCCGAUUCUCUUUGAAUCAAUCCAGUCUUUGUAACGCAUGUAUGUGUGUCUUGUCUGAGUAUGCACAAAAAUUGCACUGUAGAGUCUUUACAGGGCUUUAAAAGCUGCCUGUCUCGUAACGGAUGCAGCUUUUUUUGGUUUGUUUGGUUUUGCAUUUUGCACCUUUUUUUUCCCCUGUUUCUCACAGGAGAAAUCUUUGGACUCCUCUGGACUUGUGAGCUCGACCCAUUAGAGUGGUUGUCCUGAGACUAAAGGCUUUAGAUUGUGUGUGCGUGUUUGUGGCGUUCAACACAAUCGAGGAAUGCCGCCCUUCGAGACUUCAUGUAAUCUAUCGCCUUACCGUUCAGCUGUUUGGUAGUGAGUGUAACUGCGCCACGUUCACCACACGUAUAUCAGUAUGUGCUGUUGCUGGGGUACCGCGAAUAUCGUAAACAUACACACUAAUGAAAUAUCCAAACACGUGUACUGCAAAACAUAUCUAGAUGUGAAGACACAUCUGUGAAGGUUUAGUUGAGAUGCGCAAAUCAAUGUUUACGGGACAAAAACUGAAAUAAAAAUCGACUUCCUCUAGAAUGCAGAAACUGAAUGUAGAGCAGAAAUAUUUAUGUUUGUAAAAUAACUGUUAAAUAAAGUUAUUCUUCAUUAUGUUCAUGGAA